AACAUACCGUAUAGAGAGAGCCUCAAAAAAUGUGACCGUUAUUUUAAAAUAUUGAUUAAGACACCUCGUAACAAAAGCAAGCGAGUACCUUUACAUUUCUAUACUCAGCGAGUCACACAAACUCCACUCACUCACUCUCAUCAUCUCUGAGUACGAGCUUUGGCACUAUCUCUGUUCUCUGCUCUCUUUCUCUCUCUUCUGUAAAUGCAAUGCAUUAUACUUUUACUAAUCUGAGCUCAAACAAACAAGCACCAACCCAACUCAACUCAAAACACCCAUGUCUUCUUCUUCAGUGAAAGAAAGUCACGCCACCACCUUUUAGGCAUACCCACCUACCCCCAAAAAAUAGAAAACCAGUCUCUAGGUUUCAACUUGUCUAUUUUUUGUUGUACACCAAUCACUACCAAACCCCACUUCUCAAAGCUUUAAGCUUUUUCUUUUUCUUGGGUUUGUUUUGUUUUGAUUGAUGUCGAAAAGGGUAUUAUUUUUGUUUUGUUUAGUUUAGUGAAAACUACUGCUUUUUUUUUUUUUUUUAUAGUUGAAAAUGGGUUGUGCGCAGUCUAGGAUAGAGAAUGAGGAAUCUGUUUCGAGAUGUAAGGAGCGGAAAAUCUUGAUGAAAGAUGCCGUUGUUGCUAGAAACGCUUUUGCCGCCGGCCAUUCUGGGUACGCCGUAGCUUUGAAGAACACCGGUGCCGCUUUAAGCGAUUAUGCACACGGUGAAACUGAAGAGCCGCCGCCACAGCUUCACCCCAGUCACCAUCAACAGGAUAUGGAAAAUACUUCGGAACCACCGCCGCCUCCUCCUCCUCCGCUCGACAACCUUCCCCCUCCGCCGCCUCCUCUUCCCAAUUUCUCUCCAAGCCCACAACUUAAGCGAGCUACGAGCUUGCCCGAGAUCCCAACUAUGCAUCGGAAACCAGGACGCAAAAAUCACUCCAUCGCCAUUGCUGAAGAAGAUGAGGAUGAGGAAGAAGAAGAAGAAGAGGAGGAUGAAGAGCGGAACCAAGUUAUACACAGAGCGCGGGGUCCGAGAAAUGUUGGCCAGAAAGUGGCGGCGCAGCCGUCUUCGUCUUCUUCGCCGCCACGUACACCGGAGUUGAUGAAAUCGGUUCCGCCCAUGCCGGAGUCUAAAGGUAUGGCCUGGGAUUACUUUUUCAAUGUAGAGAAUAUGCCUGGCUCAUUGGGUGCAGAGAAUGAAAAUGGGGUUGAGAAUGAGGAGCAUGAUGUGACUAUGGAUUUUGACGAAGCUGAUGAGAAUCUGAACGAUGGGGGAGUUAGGAUUGAUGAGAAUGAGGUUGAACCGAAGACGCCGGAGAAGAAGGUGGAGGAGGAUAAGCCACAUGGGACAGUGGAGUUGGUUUCGCCUAAUCAGAUUGAGCAUUCUCAUACGGCUCCGGCGGAUUUUAGGAGAGCUGUAAAAGCGGCUUCGGCUUCGGCUUCGAGUGUGAGCUUGCUAGAGGUAUUAGGCAAGAUUGAUGAUCAUUUCUUAAAGGCCUCUGAGGGUGCUCAGGAGGUCUCCAAAAUGCUCGAAGCCACUCGAUUACACUAUCACUCCAAUUUCGCAGACAAUCGAGGACAUAUAGAUCAUUCUGCGAGGGUUAUGCGAGUGAUUACAUGGAAUAGGUCAUUCAAAGGUGGUAUACCCCAUGGAGAUGGUGGGAAAGAUGAUUUUGAUUCAGAAGAGUAUGAAAGUCAUGCCACAGUUUUGGAUAAGUUGUUGGCUUGGGAAAAGAAACUCUAUGAUGAAGUUAAGCAAGGCGAGUUAAUGAAGCUAGAAUAUCAAAGAAAGGUUGCUAUUCUCAACAAGCAGAAGAAACGUGGUGCCAGUGCUGAAUCUUUGGAGAAAACUAAAGCGGCUGUUAGUCAUUUGCACACCAGAUAUAUUGUUGACAUGCAGUCCAUGGAUUCCACAGUUUCAGAAGUUAAUCGGUUACGGGAUGAGCAGUUAUACCCCAAGCUUGUUGGUCUCGCUAAUGGGAUGGCGAAAAUGUGGGAUACUAUGUGCACUCACCACGAUGGUCAGCUGAAGAUUGUUUUAGAUUUGAAGGCUCUUGACCUUGCUAAUGCUCCAAAAGAAACAACCAAGCACCACCAUGAACGUACCAUCCAACUUUUUAAUGUUGUCCAAGACUGGAACUUGCAAUUCGAAAAGCUUGUGACUCAUCAAAAACAAUACAUUCAAGCUCUUAACAGUUGGUUAAAGUUGAAUCUCAUUCCUAUUGAAAGCAGCUUAAAAGAGAAAAUCUCAUCUCCGCCAAGAGUCCAAAGUCCCCCGAUUCAAGCGCUUCUCCAUCAAUGGCAUGACUUGAUCGAAAAGCUUCCAGAUGAACUUGCCAAAUCUGCCAUUUCAUCCUUCGCUGCCGUUAUAAAGACAAUAAUACAACAUCAGGAUGAAGAAAUGAAGCUAAAGGAGAAAUGCGAGGAGACUCGGAAGGAGUAUAUUCGCAAACGUCAGGCAUUUGAGGAAUGGCAUCAGAAGUACACACAGCGGAGGGGCCCUGAAGAAACAGAUACCGAAAGAGGUGACGAUGCAAAUGCAAAGGAUCCCAUAUGGGAAAGACAGUUUGCAGUUGAGAGCUUGAAGAAGAGAUUAGAUGAGGAAGUUGAAGCUCACCAGAGACAUUGUCUCCAGGUGAGAGAGAAGUCACUUCAGGGCCUGAAAACUCGAUUGCCUGAGUUUUUCCGUGCCAUGUCGGACUACUCUCAUGCUUGCGUUGAUAGCUACGAAAAGCUGAGGUCGAUUACAAAAUCGCACAAAUUAAAUAGCAGUGGUCCGCAUGCAUAAACUCAAAACUGUCCUGGGAUAGUUUACAUCCAACUUGGACCUUAAUUUAAGUAUAUAGAUAGCUUUUGCAUGAGACAGACAAUGUUUUGUGGAAAAUUUUGUUGUCACCCCCCGGCUACUUUAGCCUUGCACCUUCCGCAUACAGAGUCAAAAUCGUAGGCUGAGGCGAGACUUGUGUGAUUCUCAGAAAUGUUGGAUGUAACUUUUGUAGUCACUUUUAUGUUGUUUAAACACUUGUGUUUUAUUUAGCCUAAUGUUAAAUGUGCUAUUUAAUUUAAA